CCAGGGGUGAAAGGGGAAGAGUUGGACAGAACCACAUGUAUGUUGUUGUGGUGUUGGCUGGAUAUCCCGGAGCUUGGUUUCCUCAAAUUACAUAAUUUCGAUUGUCUUGAGGUAAAAUGAGGAAUCUGAAGCUACUGAAGAGCCUUUGUAGUUCAGAGCUGCAGGGUCCUGGUUCUCCUCAGUGUUUCUCUGUGAGGUCUGACACCGGCUCUCUCCUCAUCGCCUCUCAGUUCUCAGUCACAGAGUACGACCCACACACAGGCGAGGUUGUCAGAGAAACUUCGUUAACAGCUGACGGUUACCUGCCAGAAGAUGGCAGUGGAGAGGUGGUGGGACUGCAGGACCUCGCUGAACUUCAGUCCGCAUGUUUGGCCACAGCAGGCGGAGACGUCGUUCUCUUCAACCUCAACACCAGCCAGUUGGAGUGUGUUGGCAGUGUGGACAGCGGUCUUACGUCUAUGACCUGGAGUCCUGAUGAAGAACUCGUCAUUCUUACAACUGGACAGGAAACAAUCAUCAUGAUGACCAAAGAUUUUGAGCCGGUUACUGAGGUUGGAAUCCACCAAGAUGAUUUUGGUGAAGGGAAGUUUAUCACAGUGGGUUGGGGGAAGAAGGAGACUCAGUUUCAUGGCUCAGAGGGAAAACAGGCAGCACAGAAGAAGAUUCAGGAUGUGCAGCCAGCCGUGGCCUGGGAUGACCGCAGACCCAGAGUCACGUGGCGGGGAGAUGGUCAGCUGUUUGCCCUCAGCGCCAUCUGUCCCCAGACUGGAGCAAGGAAGGUCCGAGUCUGGAACAGAGAGGGCGUUCUGCAGGCCACCAGCGAGCCCAUCAACGGCCUGGAGCAGGCACUGUGCUGGAAACCUUCAGGUAGCCUGAUUGCCAGCUCUCAGAGACAUCCCAACAAACACAGUGUUGUGUUCAUGGAGAAGAACGGACUGCUUCAUGGAGACUUCACACUACCAUUCAGCAAAGACCAAGCCAAGGUGAAGGAGCUGGUGUGGAACAGUGACUCCACUGUUUUGGCUGUUUGGUUAGAAGACUUGACUUCUGGAGAGGAUGGGAAAGUCAAGAGUUACAUCCAGCUGUGGACGGUAGGAAACUACCACUGGUACCUGAAGCAGAGCCUGGUCUUCGAUGGAGACCCUCAGAAAGCUCCUGUCUGCUUCUGCUGGGACCCAGAACGCCCCCUACGCCUCCAUGUUGUGACCCACAGCUGGACAAGUGUCACCUACGACUGGUGCUGGACAACAGAGCGAAGCCCUGGACUCGACGUGACUGAUGAUGCCAGCGUGGCAGUGAUCGAUGGAGAAAAAGUUCUGGUGACGACCUUCAGGCACAGUGUGGUUCCUCCUCCCAUGUGUUCAUUGGAGCUCCAGCUGAAGUCACCAGUCAACCAGGUGACUUUCCUCUGUCAGACCGAACGGACCAAUCAGAUUGCUGUCUUCAUCGAUGGACAGAUGUCGGUGUUCGGAGAAGUUUCAAAGGAAGAUUUGGACAAAACUGCAGAUGGAUUCAGCAUUUUGUCCCGUCCUCUUGUCCUCCAGAAAUCUUUCAGAUUGCCCGCUCCUCAGGACGAUCCCCUUGCCCUGCGGCAGCUGCUGUGGCUACAGGAGGAACUGUUUUUUGUCAUCACUUCUGGUGUUGUGCCCAACACCUCCACCCUGUUGGUGCUUCAUCCUGCGCAGGACGCCUCUGAUACACUUGCUGUUCGGUCUCAGGUGGAGGUUGAAGGUGUUGUGAUCAGUAUGGUUCACUCCUCUCAGACUGGGACUGUGGCUCUGCAGCUGGAGGAUGGACAAAUAAGGAAACUCCUCUGGGAUUGUCCUGAGAUGUCGGUGGAAGACUGGCGUGACUCCAGCGGCAACAGCAUCAACUUUCCUGCGUCCUGCAUCCAAACGGCUCUCUGCUGCAUAAGUGGAACGGAAUAUCUCCUUGGCCUCACAGACAGAUCCCACCUGUAUGCUGGAGACACAGAGCUUGCGUCCAAUGUUAGCUCCUUUGCCGUUUGUGACGACUUCAUUCUCAUCACCACUCACUCUCACACCUGCCGCUGCCUCCAGCUGAGCACACUCACCCUCAAAGGUCUGCAGGUGGCUUUGUCCUCUGAUGGAGGUCAGAACGAUGAGACACUUCGGCGAGUGGAGCGAGGCUCCAGGAUCGUGACUGUGGUCCCUCAGGACACCAGAGUGAUUCUACAGAUGCCUCGGGGAAAUCUGGAGACCAUUCAUCACAGAGCGCUGGUUCUGGCUCAGUUAAGGAAGUGUUUAGAUCGCUUCAAGUUCAGAGAGGCAUUUGAGUGUAUGAGGAAGUUAAGGAUCAACCUAAACCUCAUUUAUGACCACAAUCCAAAGGCUUUUUUGGAAAAUGUUGAAACCUUCAUUACUCAACUCAACUCUAUUAACCACAUUAACCUCUUCCUCACGGAGCUCAAAGAAGAAGAUACGACCUGUACCAUGUACCCCCGCCCAGAGAGCAGCCCACUGCAGAGCCAGGUUGUGUCAGGCCAGAAAAAAGUUGACAUUGUAUGUGAUGCUUUACGGAAAGCCAUGGAGGCAAUGGAUGCAAACAAGUUUUGUCUGUCCAUAUUAACUUCUCACGUGAAGAAGACCGUUCCUGAGCUCGAGGUUGCUCUGCAGAAAGUGCAUGAGCUGCGAGAAAAGCCACCUGAAGCUCCGGGAGCUGUAAGCGCUGAAGAGGCCCUAAAGUACCUCCUCUUCCUCGUCAACGUCAAUGAUCUGUAUGAACACUCACUCGGGACGUACGACUUUGACCUUGUUCUCAUGGUGGCUGAAAAAUCACAGAAGGACCCCAAAGAGUAUCUUCCUUUCCUGAACAUGCUGAAGAGCCUGGAGCCAAACUACCAACGCUACACCAUCGACAAACACCUAAAACGCUACAGGAAGGCUUUGGUGCAUCUCAGCAAGUCUGGAGAGGAACAUUUCAUUGAAGUUCUGCAGCUGGUGAAGGAGCAGAAACUCUUCAGUGAAGCUAUGCGGUUGUACACGGCAGAUAGUCCUCAGUACAAGCUUGUGAGCUCUGCAUAUGCUGAGCACCUGAUGGAGCAGCAACAGGCUGAGCAGGCCGGCUUGUUGCUGUGGCGAUGCGGCGAGCCCGCCAGGGCUCUGCAGGCUUUUGCCAGCUGUUCCAGUUGGAGAAACGCCAUCUGUGUGGCACAACAGAUACCUCUACCACCAGACCAGUUAGCUCUGCUGGCCAGAGACUUGGCAGAGAAGUUGACCGAGCAGAGGCGGUGGGCAGAAGCUGCUCUGCUUUUGGACCAGUACGCCAAAGAUUGUGAGGAAGCCAUCUUGGCUCUAAUCACUGGUGCAGUCUGGGAGGAGGCGCUCAGACUGAUUUAUGUGCACAACAGACAGGAUAUCACUGAAACCAACCUUGAACCUGCUCUGUUAGAAGCUGUGAACUCUCAAACAGGGUUCUUGGAGGCUCAGGUUGUAACAUUUAACCGGCACCGGAGUCGUUUGGCUGUGGUUCAAGAGCAGAAAGAAAAGGCCAGGCUGGAUAUGCUUGAUGAAGAAGGUCCAGACUGCCCUGAUGCUGAGCUUUACUCUGAAGCUAGCAGUGUGUUGACCGCGUCUAAAUACUCCCAGAGUAACUCCCGGAUCUCCUCAAGGUCGUCAAAGAACCGCCGGAAAGCGGAGAGGAAGAAGCUGAGUCUGAAGGAAGGAAGCCCAAUGGAGGACAGAGCCCUAAUGCAUGCCCUGAGUGAAAUCAUCACCACUGUAGACAAGAUGAGAGAGGAGAUCCACAGCCUCCUUAAGGCCUUGGUGCUGUUCCAGUUUGAUAAACAGGCCGGGAAACUGCAGCUGGCCUACGAAGAAGCCCUGCAAAUGAUGGAGGGUGCUAUUCCUGAGGUGUGGCCUGAAGGCCUGCUGAGCAGCAACGCUCCGGUAACUGGUCCAAACUCCACAGCAAACAGCAUCAUGGCGUCUUUCCAGCAGCAGCAACAAAAACCUGCAGCAUCUCAACUCGAUCCUGAGAUCCCAACAGCACCAAAGCUGAGGAACAGUGUCAAGUGGAAGCUCACUGUUCUUAAAUAAACAAAAAACAUGAUAUUGUUUAAUUUUGUUUUAUGAAAAACUGUAAAGUACAAUUUCAGUUGUAUAAUAAAGAUUCAUUUAACAACUUC